AAUAAAGAUUUAAAAAGAAAAUUAUGAGGUCGACUAUGCGAGCUAAAAUAAAUCAAUGUUUGAGAAAACUAAUCAGUCCAACUCUAAUUAUAAGAUAAUAUCGGAAUUGCGUCUUUCUAACAGACAAUAAACCAAGAAACAAUAUAUAUUUUAUUUAAUAAAAAAAGAACAAAAGUAUAGAAUUUUAAUGGGUCCCAAACAUAUUUUAAAUUUUUAGGAUGAGUGUCGAUCAAUAACAACCACAUCCAAAAUUGUGGUAUUUGCUCACCAGGUCUUGGUGGCUAUAAAUGACCAAUUGGGCACACAUAUAAAUGGCUCAAAUAUUUUAAAAGAAAAUUUGUCCAAAUAAAUAUGGAAACAAGAAAACCAAGCUACAAUUGAAAAAUAUCCAUGGCUGUGAACUUCACAACUAGCCCUUCUAAUAAGGCUUUGUUUGGUUAUUGUGUUCCUAAGAGUUCUCUUCCAUCAAGUAAGGAUCGUUUUAGGUUCUUCCCAUCAUCAUCAUCAUCAUCAGAAGGAAGCCAAAGUAGAGCUACAGCUACAGAGGAUGAACCUCAGGAUGAUGCUGGGUUUUUCACAUCUACAAGGGCGCAGCUGGGUCUAUUAGAGCAACUCACUUCAUCCUCAACUGUCUCUUCUGCUGCUUCGGGUUAUGAAAGUGAUUCAAAUUUAUCAAGAUUAACCAUAAGGGAGCAGCUUGUACAGUUGGUAGGAGACAGGGAUGAUGAUUUCAUCAUUCAAUUGGGGAAGAAGAAUUUAAAGAAAGUGAGCCCCAAAUUCUUGACAAUAUCACAGAAAAGAAACAUCAGAAGACAAGCAUAUCUUAAUGAAGUGUCUCAAAGGAAUGAUUCUGUUGUGUUUGCUACCAUUGGGGCAUUUGUAAUCCUUCCCCCUGUAAUUAUUUUAGGGAUUGCUAUUGCUACUGGAUAUGUUCAACUCUUUCCUUGAUUGUGGAUAUAUACUAUACAAUAUUAGUACUAUACUUUAUAAGAUAUGCAAUGCAAAGUAUAGUUGUUUUUAGUUAAUAGCUUCUUUCAUUUUCUUUAGUUGUUUGGAGUUCCUUGAUUGAUUUUGAGUUUAGACUAAUGAUUACCCUUACCAUUGUUAGCAAUCAACAUAUUUUAGUGGUUUUAAUUUAAGUAAUAAAGAGUAAAAUUUUUGAAAUAUGACAAAAGUAAUUAAUAAAUAGAAAGAAAGACUAGAAAACAACUUGUGCUACGGAUGGACAUUGAAAAUUACCAAAAUUUAUGGCUAAUUGCCAACAUUUAGGGGUGUA